AUGUCUCAAAAACUAGCCAUAUUGUCUGUGUAUGACAAGACAGGUCUACUUGACCUAGCAAAGGGUCUGGAAAAGCAGAACGUUCGCAUAUUGGCUUCUGGAGGCACUGCCAAACUCAUCAGAGACUCGGGCAUCAAGGUGGAAGAUGUUUCAGCAAUAACGAACGCACCAGAAAUGCUUGGUGGUCGAGUAAAGACUCUUCACCCAGCAGUACACGGUGGUAUUCUAGCUCGAAAUAUCGAAUCAGACGAGAAAGACUUAGCCGAUCAGAAAAUUGAAAAGGUUGACUAUGUAGUGUGCAAUCUCUAUCCAUUCAAGGAUACUGUUGCAAAGCCCAAUGUUACUGUGCCCGAGGCUGUCGAAGAAAUUGAUAUUGGUGGAGUUACCUUACUACGAGCUGCAGCGAAGAACCAUGCCCGAGUCACCAUUCUAAGCGAUCCACAAGACUAUGGCCACUUUCUGUCAGAGCUUGAAAAGGGCGAAAUCAGCGAGCAGAGUCGACAGCAAUACGCACUGAAAGCUUUCACUCACACUGCGGAUUAUGACACGGCAAUUUCUGGAUACUUCCGAAAUCAGUAUGCAGGCAACGGCGUGCAGCAGCUUGCACUACGGUACGGCGCAAAUCCACAUCAGAAACCCGCAUCAGCCUAUGUCAAAGAGGGAAAGUUACCAUUCACUGUACUUAGUGGGUCUCCAGGCUACAUCAAUCUUCUCGAUUCACUCAAUGCCUAUCCACUUGUGAAGGAGCUCAAGCAAUCUCUUGGUCUCUCAGCCGCAGCAUCUUUCAAGCACGUCUCCCCUGCGGGCGCCGCUGUAGGCAUUACCCUGGAUGAGACUGAACGUAAAGUGUACAUGGUCGACGACAUUGACGGUAUCGAAAGAUCCGGCUUAGCACAAGCUUAUGCGCGUGCACGAGGUGCAGACCGCAUGUCGAGCUUCGGUGAUGUGAUCGCUCUAUCAGACAAAGUUGACGUGCCAACCGCCAAAAUCAUCUCUCGCGAAGUUUCAGACGGCGUUAUCGCGCCUGCUUACGAACCCGAGGCUCUCGAAAUACUGAAGAAAAAGAAAGGAGGCAAAUAUCUUGUGCUACAGAUCGAUGAGACCUACGAGCCACCACAGCAGGAGACACGAACAGUUUAUGGUGUCAGUCUGACUCAAGGUAGAAACGACGUGCAAAUUACACCCGGAAAUACCUUCAAGUCCGUGGUACGACCAGAAGGCGGUGCAAAGCUGUCCGAACAGACCUUGCAAGAUCUCACAGUCGCAACCAUUGCCCUGAAGUAUACACAGUCCAACUCGGUAUGCUAUGCCUAUAAAGGACAAGUGGUCGGUCUUGGUGCUGGUCAGCAAUCGCGAAUCCACUGCACAAGAUUAGCAGGAGACAAAGCUGAUAAUUGGUGGAUGAGAUUCCACGAACGAACACUCAACAUCAAAUGGAAGAAAGGUGUGAAACGACCUGACAAGAGCAAUGCCAUUGACAUGCUCUGCUCUGGUCAGGUACCGCCAAAGUCACAAUUCGAGGUUGAAGACUACGAAGCAAAGUUUGAGGAAGUCCCGCAACCUUUCUCACCCGAAGAGCGGGAGGCUUGGCUGUCCAACCUUCAAGGGGUGGUAGUGUCCAGUGACGCAUUUUUCCCAUUUGUCGAUAACGUCUACCGUGCAGGACGAUCUGGGGUCAAGUACAUCGCAGCACCUACUGGCAGUCAAAACGAUGGAGCAGUGUUCGAUACCUGCGAUAAGCUGGGUAUUGUCUUCAUCGAGCAGUCUACUCGGUUGUUCCACCAUUAG